AUGUUGAGAACAACGUUUUCAAAAAUCAAAAGGGUUUGCAGCAUUGCCUUUAUCCCUCGAAUUUUGCAAGGGGACGUGAAAUAUGCAGCUCAGAAGAAAUUUACAAAACAUUCUAUGAUCACGUCCCAAGCGACAAAAAGCACAAGUUCAAUUUCUGGAGCAACGGGAAACAAUGACUUUCACGGCAGCGAUAAAAAACCCGAAGAUAAUGUACAAAAAUCGACUGAAAACAACCUCGCAGAAGAUCGAGAAAGAUGUGAACGCGUUAUUAGCAAGAUUUUUCCACCAGGAGACCCACUAUAUGCAACUCCCACUGAUAAAGAAGGACCAGAACAGAAAAUUGAACAUAUAAAAGAAGUAGAAGACGGUAUUCCUAUAACAUUUAAAGAACAAAAAGAAUCGGACACAACCAACUUAUAUUAUGAGUCUGAACCAAGUAAUUAUGAUACCAGAUUUGAUGGUAUUGCGAAUAAAUGUCUACAAACACCACCUAAGAAGGUAGAUGAACACCUUUUAAGAGAAUUAGGGAUUGAUCAUAUUGCAGAUAACAUAGAUUUUUACCCACAAAAACCUAAGCAAAGUUAUUACAGCGAAGUUUUAUAUGGCAAACCACAAGUGGUCCGCUAUACCAAUGAAACACCAAAAACAAAUGAACCCCAAAAAGUUAACUGCUUAAGCGAUUUAGAGAUAGAUAGAUCAAUUAAACCAGAAUUAAUUCAGCCUCUAAUUUUUGAUUCGAUUUCGUUAUGCGAAAAUGUAGACUGUAGCGAAGGCGAUAGAUUUGAUGCACUCGAAGACACUCAGUUAACCCCUGUCAUAUUAAAUCCAUAUGCAAGUCAGUCAUUUCCAUUUUAUGACUACGCAAUCGAAGAAAUCUUGCUUGAAAAUCCAGCUGAAGAGGAGUCUAUGACAGUAACAACAGGAGUCGAUGACGUUGGUAAUAACAAUUUGAUACCACCCAAUGAAAUGGAUAUAGAAAGUGAUGAGCAGAAUGUAAGAGAAAAAGUAGGGGGUGCUAUGGCAGGCUUGGCAAUACCUGGUGAAUCUACUUCAUAUGAAACUCCACCUAUUACAAAUAUGGCAGAAAAAGAAUUUGAUAUUCUUUACACCCAACCCACUUCAGGGCCACCAGGCGAGGGGCCGGGCACGUUACAUCGACAACCAGAUAAGAUUGUGAAACAAAGUACCUCAAUUUCAGCCAAAACUAAAGAAGAAAAGCCACCAAGCACAAAGACGUCAAUUUCAGAUCACCAAGAUCCAAAUGAUUCUGACAAUAUAAACAGAAUUACCAGUGUUCAAGAACAACCAGACUAUUUAUUGAAUGUGCAAGCUAAAGCUUUUGCAGACAACGCGUCCACUGCAGAAGACUUAAAAGAGCCAAUAUUUGCAAGAAAAACUAUAGUUUCGUAUAUAGAAGGCACAUAUAAGAAACCAAUAAUUGAAAUAAAAAUACCAAUUUAUAAUAUGAAAGAAAAUGAGCAAUCAUUUGUAGAGCCAUCGGUACAUUUUAGGGAAACUGGUGAUAGCUCAGUCGAACAGAAUACAGUUUCUUACGUACAAGAACAUAAUGAAUCAGCAUCUUGUGGUCCUGAAAUACCUAAAACGCAAAAGUACUCAAACCUAGAAAGAACUGUAUCACAUAUCGAAGUGACUGAAAAAAUACCUAUUACAGAAAACUCACCAGUACUAAAUGUGAGAUUAAAACCCGAUUAUGAGGGGUUACUAAAGGAUAAAAAAGGGGUCCACCAUACUGAGGCAGCCAAUUGUAAUCUUGACCACAAUUUAAGUGCGACUGGACCCAUACCCAAUAUGGUUGAAAAAGAAACAGUAACACUGAAAGAGCUAUUACGUAGGAUCAGAGAACGACAUCGCCUGGAAUUGUGUCGGGAAUAUUACAAUCGACUUACCAACAUGACUAUGACAGAUGCAUGCAGCAAACCCAAUACUCUUGGACCAAACCCAUGCAAACCACCAGAUAAGUCGCCAUGUCCGCCACCACCCAAAUGUCCUCCAGAAAAGAAAGACCCAUGUGCCGCCAAAGAGGACCCUUGCGCAAAAAAGGAAGACCCUUGCGCGCCCAAAAAAAAAGAGGAGCCAUGCCCUUGUCCUUGUCCUUGCAAACCGAAAGAUCCUUGCGCAAAGUUUUUAAGUUCCACAAUUUACGACACAAUAUCUCUGUUUCGUAUUUAUAUCCUACCUGACUUCCGAAAUGUUAACUUCCAAUAUCGCCAGUAUAGCUCACAAGUUCUAUCAACCAGCACAUUGCAAAUUCGUGCUCUAAACACUCCUAUACUGAACGAAGACACCAAAGCUGUGAAGGAAAUAAUCCUCGCUAGAGAUUACGAGCCGUGGAUACCUAUACCAUCAUGGCCUAUACCGAAAAAGGAAAAGAGGCGGCCUUUCGUUUGUCCUAAAGACGGCUGCAAAUUGCUUCCAUCCCCCCCUUUUGAUCCAGCGUUUAAAGACAAACCAUGUGUAACGUUUCCGAAGAAGAAGUUUUCUCUCUCCGAAUUGUUUGAACAUCCAGUCGUCAAUUGCAAGGAUCCAUAG